UGAUUUACAGGCGUCGAGUUGAAACUGUUCCGUCGCCUGGAAGCACAGAAGUGAGAGUAGCACUGAUGAGAAGCUGUUUCAUCAGCUUGUAACUCGCACUUUUAAUCCGAGCUGUCUGGAUGGAGGAGACCCUAAAGACGCCGUGAUGGCCAUAGAAAGUGGUGUGUGGAAUACCUGUGACUACAGCCACAAUGUCACCUUCUUCUACAACUUGGUGGGUAAGAAGAUCAGCACAGUGUGGACACCGCGGGACUAUGUGGUUCUUGGACUGGGCUUGACAGUAUGUCUCAUUGUAGUCCUGGCAAACCUGAUGGUGAUGGCAGCAAUCUUCAUGAACCACCGCUUCCACUUCCCCAUCUAUUAUCUCCUUGGUAACAUGGCUGCGGCAGACCUGUUUGCAGGCAUCGCCUAUGCCAACCUGAUGCUGAACACUGGACCCUGGACCAGCACGCUCACAAAGGAGCAGUGGUACAUCCGUGGGGCUUUGAUUGACAUCAGCCUCACAGCCUCUGUGGCUAAUCUGCUAGCUGUGGCAGUGGAGCGCCACCAGACCAUCAUCACCAUGCAGCUACACAGCACGAUGACCAAGCGGCGUGUGGUGCUGCUGAUAGUCUGCAUCUGGGUCGUGAGUGUCAUCAUGGGCCUGGUGCCCUCGACUGUUUGGAACUGUGAGUGUGAUCUGGAGGACUGCUCCACCGUCGCUCCCCUCUACAGUCGUCGCUUCCUCAUUUUCUGGGCAGUUCUCAACCUGCUCACUUUCUUUAUCAUGGUGGCUGUGUACGCCCGCAUCUUCAUCUAUGUGAGAUAUCAGAGCAGAUACACAUCUCAGCACUCCUCAGAGGCCCGGCACAGCCAGACCGUUGUCAACUUGAUGAAAACUAUCUCCAUGGUUUUGGGCGCCUUUGUAAUCUGCUGGACACCUGGCCUUAUGACACUCUUACUGGACGGGCUGCUGGGUAAAGCCAGCCAUGCCAAUGCCUACGAGAAGUUCUGUUUGGUGAUAGCGGAGUGCAACUCUCUGGUCAAUCCGAUCAUCUAUUCCCUGCGAGAUGACGAGAUGCGAAGCACCUUCGAGUGGAUCCUUUGCUGCCUGUGUCGCAGCAGUGCUGGCCAGCAGAGGAAACACUCCCCUGUGGAGAUUGCUUCACCACUGCCUGAGGAGACUCUGGGCUGUGUGCAGAAGUCAGACGGUCAAGCUGCCUGUGUGGAAACAAACAAUUAAGAGGACAGUUGGACGAUGGCAGGGCAUGAUAUCUGCAGGUCUACAUUUACAGAUCCUUGUUUUGUUUUUUUACUGUAAUCUCUCAUUGUGUAAUGUUGACUUUUUGCUCUUCUGUGCAGAGAGAACUUUGGCCAAACAUGUCUGCAUUUCUAAAUUGAAUACAAAAUGUAUAAAGAUGCAUCUGUUGAAAGGCUGCAACUCAUUGCACCUCUGGAUUCAUGAUUUGCAGGUUGUGGAUAAAUAGUACUCAGUGUCAGGGAGGCUGACAGAUUCACGUAUUCAUCAUCAGAUGGUGCAAUCUCUCCUUUUAUUACAUUUGACUAUCACAAGAGCAUCUGUGACAAAUUAUAAAAAUGAAACACUUCUAAAAUCUGAAAUCAAAUACUGAAAAAAAUCACACUAAAUCAUUUUAUUAAUUUUCUAAUAAGAACACUACAAUUUGUCAUAUUCUUCCUUUUGUUUGACUCUUUCUAGAACAAUUCUAAAGUUGAGGUAUAAAAGGAGUUCAUACAGACUCACCAGUCUGAAAACAGUGGGGGUUAUAUACAAGAGAAAUGGAAAGACAGAGGUAGAGAGAGGGGUAAAUACAAGGGAAAGAGGGGAGAUACAAAUAUACUAAUAAAAAAAAAAAU